CCCCUCCCCUUUCCCCUCUCCCCGUUUUUCUCCUCCUUCCCUCCCCGCGCCCCGUUUGCAUGCAUUGUCUGUCUCCCAAGAUGGUUUGUGAGACCAAGAUCGUGGCGGAAGACCAUGACUCAAUCCCGGGAGCCAAAAAAGACACCAUCAUUGUUUCUUCCUCCCAAAUGUGGCCCACCCUCUCGGGCUCUCCCUCCUCCCCCCCUGCUCCCCUCGGUACCCCUAAAGAAGAACCCAAACGCGACAACGUCUACAUCCGCGAAUUCCACCCCUCCGAACAGGAGGUGGUGCGCCGCAUUUUCUACGAAGGUAUCAUGGAGCGGAUCCCCAACACGGCUUUCAGGGGGUUAAAGCAGCAGCCCCUCACCCAGCUGCUCUACGCGCUGAUGGCGGUAAUGUGCUUUGUUGUGACCAAGUCCUUCCUGCUGACCUGCUGCUUGCCCAUCUUUCUGAUGGGCAUGAGGUACUACUUCAGCAGAAAAGUUAUCCUCCACUAUCUCGAUUGCGCGCUGCAUACGGACAUGUCUGAUAUCGAGCAAUAUUACAUGAAACCGCCAGGUGAGUGCGAGUGCCCAGGGCUGCCUUCCCCCCAGUGGGGACUGUGGCUGCCCCAUGCUGCUGGCACCUUGUCCUCUUUGCAGCAGCACUGAGCACAGCUCUAAAGUUGCCAGAAUGCAGCUUUUAGGACGUGCCAAGCACAAAUCCGUCCUCUUUUUUUUGUGUGUCCGUGUCCCUAAGAUGUUUAGUCAUCCACAUCUGCAGGCAGGCACUGGGGGCCAUGCUCUCCACGCUCAGUGGAGGUGCAGGGAGCUGGGUGCACCCCAUGUUCCCUGAGCUGGGGAGUUUCUUUGCCCCCUGUGUGUAUCAGGGAGUGUGGGGGAUUGGUGAAAGCACAUGUUUUGUCGUAUUAUUCUAGAAGAACCUUCCUUAAUGCAAGUGUUUUGGAAGAGGCAUAGAUCAGGUACGUAAAGGGAUGUUGCCGAUGUUUGACAUAUGCUUUCAUCUGCUUGUUACACAAGUGCAUGUAAUUGAAAUCAUAACAUCUAAUGUUUAACUGUUCAGCUGAAAAUAGCUCCUACAUGGUUAAUAACAAUAAAAAAUGUCCUACAUGAUUAAUAAUAAU